UUAUCGGGCAGGGGUGGUUCCUGAGGAGACACACAAAGGUGUGAAGCCCCUGUAACAGCCUACCCAAGUUCCUGCAGUGGAAAUGGCCCAAAAGACUAAUGUGGUUCAAAAUCACGCUUUCCUUUUGGUCCUGUUCUCUUCUGUUUAAUAGUAUGUCACUCUCUCACAGACAUAAAGAACGGCGCUGUGGGGUUUCUGAACCUGUUUAACUGAGCCUGGGUGUACGCCCCAUUUAGUUCACCAAAACAUGCCACCAGACACCGACUGCGGGUCCAGUUCUCCCUGGAACAAAGAGAUUGUUUCUUGGUGGGUGACCUUCAAGGGAAAUUAUCAGUUGUUACACAUAUGAAGCAUUAAACAAGCAUACAGACACACAGGCACAGGCAGACAACACACACACACACAUAGGUGCUGCCACACUGGGAAAUAUACGCCUCCAGUCAUCUGAUUGCUUCCAGCCCUGCUGUUUGAACUGCUUCAUUAACUGGCAGCAGCAGUGUGACUUCUUACAGUCAGCGAGAGAGAGAGAAGCGCAGAACAGAGACCUGCAGACAUUUGCAAAACACUUUAAUUUUAGACACAGACUGAACGUCCCUACAGCGAGGGAAAGGCAAGGAGAGAAACGUGUGGAAUAUGUGGAUGCACUAAGAGGAGGAAGCUGCAGGGGUACAGCUGAUCCCACAGGAAGAGCGCACGUCAGACGCCCCCAGGACACACCGUGAGAACAGGCUCUUGGUUGCGACGUUCCUGAGUCUUUCGAGUCAGAGCUUCUCCGGCACCUUCUCUCGUCUUCCUCCUCCUCAUCCUCUUCUGGCAAUUCCGUUCCUCCUCUCCUGAUGAUGAGCUACGGCCCCAGUGAUCCCCACGAUGAGCCUACAGGAGCCCUGCGCUACAUCAGUAAAGAGGAAGCAAUUGCCAUGGAAACUGAGUUGCUGACGGACUACCGCUUUGGGCAGCAGCAACUGACGGAGGUCUUGGGGCACGCCUGCGCUAUCGGCGUUGCCAAGGCCUUUCCACUGGGCUCUUUGGAGAAGCGGCAGCCUACAGUACUGGUCAUCUGUGGCCCGGAGCACAACGGCUGCGUGGGGCUGUCCUGCGCCAGAUACCUGCGCCUGUUUGACUACCUCCCGACGGUAUUCUACCCGAAGCGUUCCCAGCAGGCUGUGCUGCAGGCCUUCACAGUGCAGUGUGAGAAGAUGGACAUCCCCUUCCUGUCCUACCUGCCCGCCGAGGUGCAGCUGAUCAAUGACGCCUACAACCUGGUGGUGGACGCAGUGGUGGGGACGCAAACGGAACCCGCGAGUCUGGCGGAACCUUUCACCAGUAUUCUGGUGACGCUCCGAAACCUCAGCGUCCCCAUUGUAAGCCUGGACAUCCCCUCAGGAUGGGACGACAGCAGCUCAGACACAGACCGGAUCAACCCAGCUGUGCUCAUCUCACUCAUGGCACCAAAGGCAUGCAGCCUCGGUUUCCAGGGGACCCAUUUCCUGGCCGGACGCUUCUUGCCCUACGACCUCCAGAAGAAAUACGAGCUCUGUUUACCAGAGUACCCGGGCACUGACUGCCUCGUCCAGCUUACAGACACUCCCACUUAGGAUACUCUUACAUCAAGUUUUGCAAACAUGUUGACGUGUGGUUAUGGUCAUAUGAUUUAGCAGAUGCUUCUGUCCAAAGCGUAUAAAGAACAGGCACCAAGGCAGUGA